AGCAUUUUGCGUCUGCUUCUAAAAAUGGCCGCUGCCAAGUUCACCGCAUGUGUUGUGCGCAGCAGGGCAGUUUAGUUCUUCUGCUAUAGCUUUGUUGAGGAAUACAGGGUGAUUUAACUUUUACGACAAGUUAUGUACAGCUAGUACACCUUUCACCAUAUUCAUUUUACAGCAGCCACCAUCAUGAGUCGCGUCGUGAAGAUCUUCAAGACUUUGCGAAAUCACUGGAAAAAGUCCACUUUCGCCGCUUGUUUGUUGACUUACGGAGGAUGGUACCUCAACGAAAGGCACAAGACCACCCUCAUGAUGAGAGCUCUUUGCCUGCGGGCUAAGGCCUACGGUGACGAGCCUCUUCCUUCAGGAGCCAAGCCCAGACACGUCACUGUUAUCCUCAAUCCGACGUCCAAGGAUGGGAAAGGAAAAAUUCUUUAUGAAAAGUAUGCUGCCCCACUCUUUCAUCUUGCUGGCAUCCGCGUCAGCUUCUUCCAGACUGAGUAUGAGGGCCAAGCCAAAAGUUUGAUGGAAGUGCUGGACAACACUGAUGCUGUGGUCAUAGCCGGAGGAGAUGGCACGUUACAUGAGGCCAUCACUGGUCUUAUGUCACGGGAUGACUUUGCAAUGGCAUGCAAGCGAUUUCCAGUGGGUGUCAUCCCAGCAGGCAAAACCAACUCACUUGCCAAGCUUUUGUUCUGGGAGCCAGGCAUCACCGAAGCCAGGUGGAUUGCACUGUCUGCAAUGGCUGUCGUCUCAGAACAGCUCUCUAAGAUGGACGUCAUAAAAGCCGAGCUUCAAAGUGAAGAAGGUGAGGAAAAGGAAGUGAAGACUGUGUACUCUCUUGGCCAACUGGAACAGGGCGUAUACCACAGCCUGCUCACUACGAUACCAAAGUAUUGGUACCUUGGUCCGCUGAAGGCAAGAGCUGCACUGUUCUUCGGAGCCCUCAAGGUAUAGUAUCUUGGUGCAGUA